GCCGGGGCGCGCGAUGGUGCCGCGCGCACGGUGACUAGUUCGACUCACGCGGUCCCGGUCAGUUCCGUGCAUUCAAUAUGGCUGGUCGAGGUGGUUACGACGAUUCAAGAGAUUAUUCCACUCAUCGAAGUAGAAAACCGUUGCCAACAGAACCUCCGUACACUGCGUAUGUGGGAAACUUGCCAAAUGGAAUUGUGCAAGGCGACGUUGACAAAAUCUUCGAGAAGCUCAAUGUCAAAGUCAUCAGAUUGGUUAAGGACAGGGAUACCGACAAAUUCAAGGGCUUCUGCUAUGUCGAGUUUGAAGACCUGGCUGAUCUGGAGGCAGCACUGGAAAUGGACGGGGCGGUAGAAGUAGACAAAUGUCUGAUCAAGAUCGAUGUAGCGGAGGGAAAAAGAAACGAUCGCGGUGGCGGCUUCGACAGGAGAGGACGCGGCGGCAGCGGCGGCGGCGGCGGCGGCGGUGGCGGCAGCGGUUUCAAAGGACGAGAUUCCGGCCGUAGCGGAUUCAGCGAUGAUUUUGAUAGAUACAGCGAUAGAGGCCCACAGGGAGGUAGUAGGCAAGGGAACGAUAGAUGGGAUAGAAGUAAUAGGGGCAAUUACGGCCAAUUCAACGACGACACAGGUGGAAAUCGUGAUUGGUCGCGAAGUACGUCUAGCAGGUCGUACACUAAUAAACCACCACUUCGGGGAAGUGGUUCAGACCGGAAACCCUUCCCGGAGGAGACUUUCAAAGAUGUCCCUCCUCCAGACACUACUGGGAGAAAACGUUUGGAGCUCAAACCAAGGACUGUUAAAGAGCCUGUGAAUGCGAUCGCGGAGUCGAGUAAAACAAGUUCCAUUUACGGAGGUGCAAAGCCUCGAGAAGAAAAAUUGAAAAUGGACGAGUAAAACUAAGGAUAUCAUCAAUAGUCUCAGAUUUCCCCGUGGAAAUUGGAGAAAGAAACAUUGUUGACAAAAUUUUAAAAUCAAUCCAAGAUUCCCUCAUAGUUUUCCUGAAAAAUCUAGUGGUGAUUCUUCGAAUAUUUACAAUCAGGAAAUAUCCUUUUUUUAAUUCUUACAAGGGGUAUCACCUGCAAGGAAAAAAAUAUACAUAUAAUAUAUAUAUAUAAUAUUACGCAAUAUAUAUAUUACAUAUAUAUAUUAUAUAUAUUACAGAUAUAUAAAUCUACUACAGUUCUCCUAAGUUUCGCGCAUUUUUUAAUCACGAAUAAACAUUUUUUUCUUCUAAUGUCUUAUGUAUUUAAAUUAACUUCUCGAUUUCUCAAUGAAAAUAGAGUAAUUGUAACUACAAUAUACAUAAAGAGGAAAAUGUGUAUGCACAAUGCAUGCUCCGAUAGUGAUAGCGAUUUAUAUACAUAAAAGAUGUUAAGAUGCUAUGCAGACGAGUACAUUUUAAUACUCUUGUCAAUUUAAUGUUGGGUUUCGUGUCUGUAAUAAUACUGAGGGUAUAUGUACAAACUAUCACAAAUAUAAAAUGUCGCAGCAUGUAUAUUUCAUCUUACGCUAGUAUUUCUUAUCUGUACUUGAGACUAAGCCCGGGUUCAAAGAAGUACAAAGGAAAGUGGCGACUACACACUAGGGUUUCGUUUCCUUCCAUAGAAUUUUUACGUUUCACCGUACAACGCUGAUCAUUGUGUAUCAACCGUUCAAGGCGUACGUUCGUUACGAUAAUAGCAUUAAUAUUAUUAAAGCGAUUGUUCUUUUCUUUUUCUUUCCAAUCUACCCGAACGAAUGAAGGAUCGCUAGGUAUAACAUGCGAGUGGUUCAUCAAAAUUUCCACAUUGCGGGGGAAGCGAUGCAAAGGGGGAUAUGCGCCGAUUAUUAUACAUUAAUAAUUAUGUAAUGAAUUAACCAGUGCUAACAGUGACGUUGAGGAAUUGCGAGGAACGUCGUAAGAGUAGCAAAUAAAAAAAAAGAUUAAAAUAAAACGAGAACUCGAAAUAACAAUAAAUAUGUAAAACGAUGCUUGUAUAUGAUACUAUUUCCUGAAUAAAGUAGCUGUUUGCCUCGUA